GACACGGGCAUUUCCAACCCAAACUAAUCCCAGGGGCGAUUGAGCGAGCAACGGCCCUUCAGCCAUGGCUGCCAAUAGCUUCAGAUUACCGACCUUGCUAAGAAGAGCUUCACAUGCUUUCAAACUCACUCCUUCCCUUCACUUGAAUCAGAAUGUAUCUUCCUAUUGCACCCUCUUCUCUCCUCCUCUCCCUACACCUUUGGCUUCCUCAGCUUCAGGAAUAUGCCACAUACCACAAGCUAUAAAGGGGAACGACGUUGAUGUUUUACUCAAUGGAGUGGCAGAUAAAAACACUGUUGAAGAAGUGAAGCAUAUUCUAGAGAUGGCUAGACGAGCAUCAACAAGAAGAGAAGUUGUCCAUACAAAUUUUCUCACCCCUCCAGUGAUGAAGGAGUCAAUGCUAGCAUUAGAAAAACUUGCUGAUGUGGAAGCAAUUGCUCAGGGUGGAUAUCCACAGGCUGAACGCUGCCGGAUUUCCAUUGGACAGCCAGAACUACUAACAAGUGAUCCAGACAUAGUGGCAGCAUUGAGUAUCACAGGAAACUUUGGGUUUCAAUCUUAUUCUCAUGGUGACUUCCUCGGCUCAAUUCUUGGUACAGGGAUUUCUAGAGAAAGGCUUGGUGAUAUACUAUUGCAGGGGGAGAGGGGAGCUCAGAUCAUUAUUGUCCCGGAACUUGUUGAUUUUCUUAUAUCAGCACUUGACAAGGUUGGUAGAGUUCCGGUAUCUUGUACAAAGAUACCAUUGGAAGCUAUUGAAUAUGAACCACCAAGUACCAAGUCAUUCAAAACCAUAGAGGCGUCACUAAGGCUGGAUGCUCUUGCUAGUGCAGGAUUCAAAAUGUCACGGUCAAAACUGGUUGACUUAAUCAGUAACGGGGAUGUGCGUGUCAACUGGUCCCCUAUUACAAAAAAUGGAACAACACUUAAGACUGGUGACGUUGUCUCAGUAAGCGGGAAAGGAAGACUAAAGAUAGGAGAAAUCAAUUCUACAAAGAAGGGAAAGUUUGCUGUUGAGCUCAUUCGUUAUCUUUAAAGCCUCAUUCCUUCAGAUUUGGCAAGUGUCUAAUAUGCGAGAUCAUAUUUAUUGUAUAAUGCUUUCAUACAUGUCAUGUUGCAAAUGUGAAGGUCAGUAGAAAUCAUGUCAAAAGUAACAAGCGUUUUCAAACUCUAGUCUCAACCUUUGAGCAAAAAAGAACUGGAGAGACAGGUGAUUCUUUGUAUAAAUGUUAUUAUGAGAAAGUAUAUUCUGUAAUGAUUUUUGUAUAUUUUUGUAAUUUAUGAUUCUAAUGCUCUUUUACAAAAUAUGCUAAUUAAAUUGUGUUAACGUAAUGUUGACUAAUAAUACAUUCAAAGAACAUUAUUUCU